GACCAAACGGUAAAUCAAUUUAUCAAUUCGAUUAUCGUUACGUGUGUUUAGUUUCCCGCAGUGCUAAGCUAACGAAAGGCUCGUAUAAAAGUGUAUUCAAAUAGUUUACUCUCCUAAAGACUCGCACAUUCACACGACAGGUCAUUUUUGCGUCACAUUCAAAAAGGGUGGAGCUAAUCAGCACUUCUUCGUUUUUAUUGGUUAGGCCGGUCGUCUGUAAUGACAAGUGAGACUUCUGAUUGGCCGGGGUGGGCGGUUCCGCAGGUGUCUUUUGCUCUUAGACCGACAGGCCGUCAAGGAGGUGAUCAAUCUCAAUCCGUCAACGUUGGCCGUCACCUUAAAGUAACGUGUGGAUAUCGACUGUGAUGUAGUGACGCUCCUUGGGCACCGAUAUUUGAUUGACUGCAACUUGAUAACGGAGUUUUGGCUGAUAUUGGGAACUAGUUCUGAAGUUUGUGGGUGAUUAGUUUCCCACAACUACUGGCAUCAGCUGGAGUCAACACUUCAGGAAAAAAUUGUUUCUGUGGAUUUUCUGGACGGAUCUCGAAGAAACAAGAAAAACAGAAGACCGAGAAAAUUAAGGUGUCUCUCUGGAUAAGACAACUUUGGAUCUGCGGCUCGAGUUGCCUCGUGAGCACAACUACGAUGAUGUCAUACCUCAAACAGUCCCCGUACGCCAUGAACGGGCUGGGGCUCAGCGGGGCCACAAUGGACCUCCUCCAUCCUUCUGUGGGAUACCCGGCAAAUGCCCGAAAACAGAGAAGAGAGAGAACCACCUUCACACGCACCCAGCUGGAUAUUUUAGAAAAUUUGUUUGCCAAGACACGAUACCCUGAUAUUUUCAUGCGAGAGGAAGUGGCCUUGAAAAUUAAUUUGCCUGAGUCAAGAGUGCAGGUGUGGUUUAAGAACAGACGGGCAAAGUGUCGCCAGCAACAGCAGAGCAGCAGCGCUUCGAAGGUCCGUCCGGCAAAAAAGAAAUCCUCCCCGUCCCGCGAGAGUCCGGGGUCAGAGAGCAGCGGUCACUUCACUCCCCCAGCUGUCUCCACUAACAACACAUCUUCCUCAUCCUCCUCGUCCUCAGGCUCCAACCCCUCCAGUCUUAGUGGAGUGGGUCUGAUGAGCGGCUCUUCCUCAGGAACAACACCUGCCUCCUCCAUCUGGAGUCCCGCUCCAGUCUCACCAUUACCGGCUCCGCCCUCGCUCCCCGACAUCUCGCCGCCGGCCAGUGCCUCCUGCAUGCAGAGGGCGAUAUCAAGCUGUGGGAGUACCACAGGAGUGCCGUCCUAUCCCAUGCCUUACAACCAGGCUCCAAGCUACGCCCAAGGAUACCCAACGACCAACACAGCCUCUUACUUUGGAGGCAUGGACUGCGGCUCCUACUUGGCACCCAUGGCUAACCACACCCAUCACCACCACCCACAUGCCCAUCACACACAGCUGAGCACCAUGGCAGGCACCACGUCAGUGUCGGGUCACCACCCGCAUCACAUGGGGCAUAGCACCGGGCACCCGCACCACCCUCACCAGGGCUACGGCAGCACAGGGUUGUCUUACAGCUCCACGGACUGUCUGGAUUACAAAGAUUACAAAGAACAAGCUGCCGUGGCAUCGUCGUGGAAACUGAACUUUAGCUCUGCGGCAGCAGACUGCUUGGACUACAAAGAUCAGGCAGCUUGGCGUUUUCAGGUCCUCUGAUAACUUUUAUUGUAAGGACUAGUAAUGUUUGCUUGUUUGUUUUUCUUUGGAAAAUGACACGUUACAGACUAUCUCAAGCACCACGGGGUGUGGAAGCAAUAUCAGGAGGUGACUUUCUGUGCCAAAUAUUUCCGCCUUUCAGGGGAAUCUGUCAGAAGAACUACAGUGAGAAGACUUUGGCCCUUACCAAAAUUAAAACUUCAUCAACCUAUCUGGAGUUCUUCAACAAACGAGGGCCAUUGUGAUGCACUCCUCGCACGAUGCACUGAAUGAAUGAGACUCUGGGGUUUCAGACAAUGAAGGCAAUAAUAAUUUUAUAUAAUUUU